CAAAGUCGAUCCCGCGUCUCCUCUCCCCUUUGCCCGUUUGCUGCAGCCUGCUGCUUUACCCCUUUCCCUUUGCCGCUGUUUUUCUCGCCUGCGAUUUUCUCUUCCACCGGCAGCUUCGGGCUUCCUCUCCAGUCUCCAUCCAGCGAACGGCGUCCGUGGCUUCAUCUCCGGCCGGCGGCAUCAGUGAUGGGUUUGUGGACAUUAUUUGAAGGCUUUCUUCUUCUUGCAAAUGCAUUUGCUAUACUAAAUGAAGAGCGUUUCCUUGCACCUCGAGGAUGGAGCUUCGCAGAGGUUUCGGCAGCAGGGAGGACAAAGUCACUUAAAGGCCAACUUGUGGGCCUUAUCUAUGCAGUUCAAUACAUGAGGGUGCCUCUUAUAGCGCUCAAUGCAAUUACCAUUAUUGUAAAGGUUGUGUCCGGUUAGGGUUUAGUGGGCCAAGUGAAACAUAUUGUGUUUGUCAAUGGAAUCUUAAAUGGUUGAUAGCGGGCAUCUUGUGGCAACAAUUCGUUGUUCCAUAAACUUUCGCACUUCUGUUAGUGGAAAAUUUGUGGUGGACCUAAUGCCUUGACCUGCACAUGGUAUUGGGGCUUGUAGCUUUAUUGACGUUCUGAAUAUCUUUAGUUCACGGCGUACUAAAUUCUCUCAAUCAGUUUAUUUCUGUU